AUGUACAUACACAGAAAUACACAUGUACAUACACACAGACACAUGUACAUAUAUACACAGACACAUGUACACACAGACACAUGUUCGUAAAUACACACAAACACACACACACAUACAUGUACAUACACGUAGACACAUGUACAGAUACACACAUGUACAUAGACAGAGACACAUGUACAAUUGUACAUGCAUACACAGACACACACAAACACACACACAUGUACACGUACACCCCCCCCCCAUUAAAGUUGCAGUACUUCGUGGUUCACUCACAGAUCCGGGUACUGCACUCUAGGGGGAGGCAGAGAGCACAGCACACACUCCUUCCUUUGCUUUCACUGCGCUCAGCUAUUGAGCAGUCUGACGGCUCCCAGUGCCAAUGACAGAUCCGGCCUGAGCUCCGAGCCUGCUCAGCAAGAUGGCCCUGGGGGACACGCUCGCCCCCACCAUAAUUUCCACUCGCCGUGAUAUAGUAGAUUAUAGAAGUCUGAA